GUUUUCACAUUUUAAGGCUUAAAUGGCUUACCCGCAUGCCGAUCUUUCACAUGGGAUUUGCUCGCUUUUGCUGGCCGGCCAGCCUAACAAUUGAAGCAAUCGUGGCCUCGAGCUUUUCUUUUAGUGACGUGAUAAUAGGGUUCCCCGUUCAGGUAGCUUGUAUCUCAUCCUGGAUUGGUAAAUGUGGCUCUUUGGUGUUGGGACGGGAAUCGCCAGCAGACAUGCUGGUCAACUGCGAGGAAAAGCCUCUGAUAGUGCUGUACCGAACUCUGCCGGUCCGAAAGUAGUCGUGAGACAUUGAUCACACUCCAACCAGGCAUGCCAGAAAGCCACGCUAUAUCAGGGCGCACAUGCCUGGGUUUGCCUUCGCUGCUGCAUAUGCAGGCAAAAUGUAAGGGCGCAGGGAGCAACGCUGGUGGGCGAGGUUUAUGUCCAGGUGUGACUGGGUCAAGUGUAUUCAAAC